GCGGCCCGUGAGGCAGGCGGUGGCGGAGGCUCCUGCAGCGGUUGCUGGCGUUGCGGUGCGGAGCUGCUCUGCGCCCCUCGGAUCCGACCCUCAGCACUCUGCUCCCACGCCAGCCUACCUCGCUCCUCGGCACCAUGACCACCACCACCACCUUCAAGGGAGUCGACCCCAACAGCAGGAAUAGCUCCCGGGUUUUGCGGCCUCCAGGUGGUGGAUCCAAUUUUUCAUUAGGCUUUGAUGAACCAACAGAACAACCCGUGAGGAGGAACAAAAUGGCCUCUAGCAUCUUUGGGACACCUGAGGAAAACCCCCCUUCAUGGGCCAAGUCAGCAGGUGCCAAGUCUAGUGGUGGCAGAGAGGAUUCUGAGUCAUCUGGACCCCAGAGAAGGAACUCUUCUGAAGCAAACUCUGGAGACUUCUUAGAUCUGAAGGGAGAAGGCGACAUUCAUGAAAACGUGGACACAGAUUUGCAGGCCAGCCUGGGGCAGAGCGAGGAGAAGCCCGUGCCCGCUGCCCCCGUGCCCAGCCCGGUGGCCCCGGCCCCAGCGCCGUCCCGAAGAAAUCCCCCUGGCGGCAAGUCCAGCCUCGUCCUGGGUUAGCUCUGACUCUCUUGAACUCUGUCGUUUUAUUUGUUUGUUUUCUCCAUGCUUGUGAACUGCACAACUUGAGCCUGACUGUACAUCUUUUGGAUUUGUUUCAUUAAAAAAGAAGCACUUUAUGUACUGCUGUCUUUUUUUUUUUUUUUUUUUUUUUUUUUUUUUUUUUUUUAGAACAGGUUUCUCUUUAUCUGUCCUGAUUCCUCUGGGUCUGUAGGCCAUGGCAUGAGUGUUUUCUAGUAGUAGAUUGGAGGGAAAGUUUUGUGACACUUAGUAUGGUGUUUUUAAGAAUAAUCUGGUUCCAAAUGUGUUAGAGGAUCUUUUGUACUGAGGUUUUUAAAACCCUUUUCUUGUCAGCUUUACUUGGGUUUACCAAGCCUUGAUUGGGCAGACCAGUAAACAGUCCACAGGCAUGUUCCUUCAGGCCCCCAAACACAGGGUUGUCUUUAUGCCAAACCUACUCAUUGUAGCCCUACCUUGUCCGUGCCCUUUGCUAAAAGCAUCUUCCUGUGCCAUAUGGAACAGUAGAGGUCUGUGCCUCAUGCCUUGCUGCCUGCAAAGCAAAAAAACAAAAACAAAAACUGCCUUUUUCAUUUUUGAACCUUAAGAAAUAAGCCAGAUACUAACUCAACUAGCUGAUGAGCUAAGCCUGCUGCUGUCUUGCAGAGGAAGGCUUCGAUGUGCACUCAAACUGACAAAUUUCCAAGUGGUAAAGCAAGCGAGGGCGGUGGCCACACAGAAGUGGGUCUUCGUCAUGAACAGACCCCAAGGGGGCAGUGCUCUUCUUAGAUAACUUGAAGCCGUGUGCAUGAUGCUGGUGCUUGACCAUGAACUGAAGUCUCAUCCUUAACAUGUGUGUUGUACUUCACAAUCCUGGACUGUUGCUCAAAGUAAACAAUGUGCAAAUUUGGAA